UAUAAAGCUUAUGCAUGUUCGAUAGUUGGCUACACUUACAAUGGAUACAGACUCAAACGGAUAAGUAGAAUCAUGCUGUACCAGAUACAUACAGCGUCUAUGGACGGUGACAGAAAACACAAAGCAGAGAUGCGCACUUCUGCCCGGCCCCAAGCCUUGAACAAGAUCAAAAAAACAAAGAACACAGUAGCAGUGAAGAAUCAGAACGAAACGAAAACAAAGGCCGGGGUCCGGACAGACGCGAUUGUAUCAAGCAUAAAUCAAAUCAGCCAAACAAACAGAAAGCCACAACAGAACCACAAGACAAGCUGUGUAUCGUCACAGCGGAGGAUUCGGUCGCUGUUAGAUCGCAGACUGGAACAGAUCAAACCCCGAAAUAACAGAACGCAAUCCCUCGUCAUGUCACCAUUAAACCAGCGUAACCGUCGGAGUGCACCUUGUCGUAUCUCAUUAAGUGCAUCGCGGGCCACGUCAUCUAACACCUCUCGUCUAGCGAGAUUCCAUUGGUUGCAGUAUUCAUCAUGUCUAUCGGUCAUGGCGUAGCAUCAACGGUGGGAAAAUAAAGGGGAGGGUUCAAAAAAAAGAUA